UUCAAACCAAAUAAAAUUCCACAGGCUUUUGUCGGAUCUAUUCCGAUGUAAGAUUAGUCUACAUGAGAUGUUUAUUUGUCACAAUUUAAAUCGAGUUUUGAGAUUUAAAAAGCUUUUAUUCAUCUGAACGCAGUGAAAAAGAAAGUAACUGUAGCGUACACAUUUACUGUCAAUGUUUGUAUUUGAAGAAACGAAGAAAGAAUACAAGCUUCCACGAUGGAUCGGGACAGAGCUAGCCCGUCCCCCUCCACCCUGCUGGAGUCCCCUGGUCACAACUCUCCUGGUAGCGCCUUACUGCUGGGUCUGAAGAGGGUGUCUGUGCGGCUGGUCGACUGCAGGAAAACACCAGGGCAGAGUGGAACUGUAAGAGAAGGACACAAGGAGGGCGAUGGAGAUGUUAUUUCAUCAAGGGACACCCCAAACUGUCGUUCUCUCAGUGGGAGGGGCUUAUCAUCUGGGGAGCCUCAACCACUUAAUGUUGCUGACGAGACAGAGAAGAGUCAAUCAGGGAACCUGAAUUCACACCAGCGAACACACACUAGAGAGAAACCUUUUAGCUGUGAUCAGUGUGGAAAAAGCUUCAAUCAGUCAAGCAACCUGACUUCACACCAGCUAACACACACUGGAGAGAAAUUUUUUAGCUGUGAUCAGUGUGGGAAGAGCUUUGCUCGAUCAGGAGAGCUGACUAUACACCAGCGCAUACACACAGGAGAGAAGCCUUAUAGCUGUGAUCAGUGUGGGAAGAGCUUUGCUCGGUCAGGAGAGCUGACUAUACACCAGCGCAUACACACAGGAGAGAAGCCUUAUAGCUGUGGUCAGUGUGGGAAGAGCUUCAGUCAAUCAGGGAACCUGAAUUCACACCAGCGAACACACACUAGAGAUAAACGUUUUAGCUGUGAUCAGUGUGGGAAGAGCUUUGCUUGGUCAGGAGAGCUGACUAGACACCUGCGAACACACACAGGAGAGAAGCCUUAUAGCUGUGAUCAGUGUGGGAAGAGCUUUUCUCUAUCAGUACACCUGAAUAGACACCAGCGCAUACACACAGGAGAGAAACCUUAUAGCUGUGAUCAGUGUGGAAAAAGCUUCAAUCAGUCAAGCCACCUGACUUCACACCAGCUAACACACACUGGAGAGAAACAUUUUAGCUGUGAUCAGUGUGGGAAGAGCUUUGCUCGAUCAGUAACUCUGACUAGACACAAGCGCAUACACACUGGAGAGAAGCCUUAUAGCUGUGAUCAGUGUGGGAAGAGCUUUGCUCGGUCAGGAGAGCUGACUAUACACCAGCGCAUACACACAGGAGAGAAGCCUUAUAUCUGUGGUGAGUGUGGGAAGAGCUUCAGUCAAUCAGGGAACCUGAAUUCACACCUGCGAGCACACACUGGAGAGAAGCCUUAUCGCUGUGGUCAGUGUGGGACGAGCUUUGCUCGGUCAGGAGAGCUGACUAUACACCUGCGAACACACACAGGGGAGAAGCCUUAGAUAGAUAUAUGUGGGAAGGGCUUUGCUCAUUUAGGGCCAAUGAGAAAACGCCAGAAAGCAAAAAUGUGUUGUAUUUCAUCUCCGUGCUAUCCGGCACCAGUUCCAGAUCCCUAAAUAUAGAAUCAAUAGAAAACAUCUAGUGAACAGUCAUAUCCAUCUCCUAUUCUUAAACAGUUGACUGAUUCUGAUCACCAUGGUAACCUCUGAGGAGCAUAAUAUGCAGCUCUGAUCUAGGAUCAGGUCUCCUCUUUCUAUGUAAUAUCACACAUUGGGAUCUAAAUGGAUAAAUGUUAUCAUAGAAAAUGUCAUAGUGAACCUGUGUGUGUUGGGGGAUGUUGAUAAUUGUAUCUUCUUUCAUAUACUCAUGAUACUAUUAUUAUUAAAUGUCAUUAUGUAGAGUAAUGUUUCAACAAUAGGUGUAUAUUCAUGUAUUCAAU